AUCCACCGUCUGCCCAUGCCGUACAUCAACGACGAACUCCACCACACCGGGUGGAACGCCUGCAGCAGCUGUUUCGGGGAUACCACCAAGAAGAGGAACAGACUUGUAUUGCCUUGUCUUGGCUCCUCUCGCAUUUAUGUGGUGGACACCGGGACUGACCUGAGGGCUCCCAGGUUGUUCAAGGUGAUUGAGCCAAGGGAGGUAUUCCAGAAAUGCGACCUGGCUUUACUGCACACCCCUCACUGCCUGGGCAGCGGGGAAGUCAUGAUCAGCUCCAUCGGGGACCCUCGAGGCAAUGGAAAAGGUGGCUUUGCCCUUCUGGAUGCAGAGACCUUUGAAGUGAAGGGGAACUGGGAGAGACCCAGCCAAGCAGCUCCCCAGGGGUAUGAUUUCUGGUACCAGCCCAGGCACAACGUCUUGCUGAGCACUGAAUGGGGGGUGCCAAAGUUCCUUGUCAGUGGGUUCAACCCAGCAGACCUGGGAAAAGGGCGCUACGGCCGCCGUGUCAACGUCUGGGACUGGACCACCCAUUGCCUUCUCCAGUCGAUUGAUUUAGGGGAGGAUUCCAUCCCCUUUGAAAUCCGGUUCCUGCACAACCCCGAUGCCGCGCAUGCCAUGGUGUGCUGCCCCCUCCCGGGCGCCGUUUUCCACAUCUACAAGACACAGGAUGGGUGUUGGACAGCAAAUAAAGUGAUCCAGGUUCCAAACAAGAAAGUGUCGGGAUGGUUAUUACCUGACAUGCCAGCCUUGAGCACCUACAUACUCAUCUCAUUGGACGACCGGUUCCUGUACUUGAGCAACUUCAUACACGGGGACGUCCGUCAGUAUGACAUCACUGACCCUUUCCAUCCCAAGCUGGUUGGCCAGGUGUUUCUGGGAGGCAGCAUCCAAAAAAGCAGUGGGGUCACCGUUCUUGAAGAUAAGGAGCUGAAUGGACAACCUGAUCCAUUCAUGAUCCAGGGAAGGAAAGUCUGGGGAGGACCCCAAAUGCUUCAGCUCAGCUUGGACGGCAAGAGACUUUACGUCACCAAUAGCCUGUACACUCCUUGGGACAAGCAGUUUUACCCCGAACUGGUCAGGGAAGGCUCCGUCAUGCUGCAGGUUGACGUGGACACGGAACACGGCGGUUUGUGCGUGAACGAGGAUUUCCUGGUGGAUUUUGGGAAUGAACCGUGGGGCCCAGCCCGGGCUCACGAGAUGCGCUACCCUGGGGGAGACUGCACCUCGGAUAUCUGGGUGUAGCCGGGAUGCUCCUACACCAGCUUUCGAUGAGGGUUGUAAAGAAGGCCCAUACGCCCAGCAGCUUGGGGGGGUCUUCUCUGCUCAGCAGAUUUUUUAAGAAAUGUAUGUUUGUGCUGAUUCGUGGUGUGGAAGUUUUCUCCUCCAGGGCAGGGUUUCUCAGUGGAGACAGCUGACUCCGUUCCAGUCGAUCUCCAGGCAAACAAGAUCAGUUACUCUGGAGAAAAUGGCUACUUCGGAGGGUGGACUCUUCUCCCUAAACCCUCCCCUCCCCAUUCAUCCUCAAAUCUCCAGGUCUUGCCUGAUACAGAGCAAAAUUUUGUGAAGGUUUGGGUGCACCUUCCCUCCUUUGAGCAUACAGGCAUAGAGCUGGAAGGAACCACAAGGGUCAUCUAGUCCACCCCCAACCCCCCUAAACAAUGCAUGAAAUUCAUAACUGCUUCCCCCACUCCCUCAGUGACCCCUGCUUAAAAGAAGAAGAAGAGGAGAAGGAGUUUGGAUUUAUAUCCCCCCUUUCUCUCCUGCAGGAGACUCAAAGGGGCUUACAAUCUCCUUGCCCUUCCCCCCUCACA